UCCUCCAUCCCCCAUUAGCUUUUUGUCACUGAAUUUGCAGCUCUUUCUCUCUCUUUCUAUAUACCACCCUCAUAUAAUUAGGGUUUCCCCAUGGAUGGAGGAUCAACAAACAAGUCUUCAAUGCUCAAACCUUUGAUUUGCUAAGGCUACUUUAUGUGUUGGAAGGACACAGAACAGCUUUUGAAGUAGAUCUUGCAAGGGAAAAAGUGAAAAAUGGCUUCAUCCAGCUCCUACAAUUCUCCUUGUGCUGCCUGCAAGUUCUUGAGGAGAAAAUGCACUCCAGGCUGCAUCUUUGCACCCUACUUCCCACCAGAGGAGCCCCAAAAAUUCGCCAAUGUGCACAAAAUAUUUGGUGCAAGCAAUGUGACAAAGCUCCUGAAUGAGCUUCUCCCCCACCAGAGAGAGGAUGCAGUGAACUCUCUGGCCUAUGAGGCUGAGGCACGUGUAAGAGACCCCGUUUAUGGCUGUGUUGGUGCCAUCUCAUUCCUCCAGAGACAAGUUCAAAGGCUCCAGAAGGAACUUGAAUCAGCCAAUGCUGAUUUGAUCAGGUUUGCUUGCAAUGAGAUUAAUCCAACGGCUAAUUUGCCUCCACCCCCAUCAAUCACUCCUCGCCCAAGAUCAUCAUCACUUGGGUUUUAUCAGCAGCCUCCUGCUUUCCCUCUCCCUUACCCUCUUCCAUGGAAUGAUACUUCUGAUCCUUCUGGGAACAUCAACGAUGGAGGCGAAGGCAAUAUGUGAAGAAGAAGAAGAAGAAGAGAAGAAACUUCCUUGGUAUGGCAAUAUAUAAUUCUGAUUUUCCCCGUAAUUUAUUUGGUGGGUUUAAUUAGUGCUUAAUUGUUGUGUUAAAACCAACAACUUAUAAUUAAUUUCAGUGUGGAACUUGGGACCUAAAUAAGGCUGUGUAAAACAUAGAGUACAGUAGAUCUCUUGUUGUGUCAUUAGUGCAACUCAAGGCAUGCGCAUGCUGCCGAGUUGACAUGUUUAUGUUUAUUUAUAUAUUUAUAUAUAACAUUUAUUUAUUAAUUAGUUGAUCUUAAAAGAGGAUUCUCUAGCCUAAGUCUAUGGCUUA